AUGGGCCUCGCCUCAAAAUUGAGAUCAUGGUCUCAGGAGCUCACUCCGUAUUUUCUGUAUCUGCUUCUGGUCGCAACACUAGGACCUCUACUCUUUGGUUAUCAUUUGGCCGAGCUCAAUGCUCCUCAGGAGGUCAUUACCUGUGUGGCCAAAUCCAUUAGAUCCAAGAAGAACCCGUCAUCGACUCUGGGUGGACUGCCACAAUGCAUACCCAUGAAUUCGACCCAACUCGGGCUUGUAUCGUCUAUAUUCACAUUGGGCGGCCUGAUCGGUGCUCUUGCGGCCGGCCCUUUGUCCGCCCGCUAUGGCCGUCUGCGUACUAUGCGUGUCAACACUCUCUUACUGGCGUUGGGUCCUCUCGCUGAAGCACUUGCACCCAAUAUCGGUGCUCUAUCGACAGGUCGCUUUAUUUCCGGUCUAGGUGCAGGCGUUUCCGUGGUUGUGGUACCCAUCUACAUCUCUGAAAUCGCUCCGCCCAAGGAAAAGGGCUUCUUUGGUGCCUUCACACAAAUCAUGACGAACAUGGGUAUCUUCACCACGCAGCUCCUAGGUUACUUCCUCAGCCAUGGGCAGAUGUGGCGUAUCAUCCUCGCUGUUGCAGGAAUGAUUGGUGUCUUGCAGUUCGCUGGGUUGAUGUUCUCAGUGGAGAGUCCCAAGUGGCAGGCCGGUCAUGGAGAAACAAGGCAAGCCAAUCACAAUCUGCGACGUAUCAGGGGCCAGAAGGCCGAUAUUCAAGUGGAGAUAGAAGGCUGGAAUGUUGAGGAUGGUGAUGAGAGACAUGAAGAAGAACGAACACUGCUCGCAGACUCUGAUCACGAUCCGCACACGGACAGCAACACCUCUCUCAGAGGCCAAGCACCGGAACCAAUGGGCAUCCUGACCGUGCUCCGAGACCCGACCAAUAAUCGCGCAAUCCUCGCAGUCGUUGUUGUCAUGAUGGCUCAGCAGCUUUGCGGAAUCAACAGCAUCGUCAUGUACGGCGUGUCCCUGCUCGCAGACUUACUCGCCUCCAACUCUGCACUGCUCAAUAUCUUUGUGAGCAUACUCAACAUCGUAGCCACUACAGGUUUCGCGCCUCUUGCAGACGUGCUGGGUCGAAAACCAUGUAUACUCACCUCAAUCGCCGGCAUGGGUGUCUCAUCCGUUCUCCUCGCUGUCGGAAUACGCAGUGCAAUUCCUGUUCUUUCCGCAAUUUCAGUGCUUUUGUUUGUCGCCAGCUUUGCUUUUGGUUUGGGACCAGUGCCCUUCAUCCUGGCUUCUGAACUUGUCGGUCCCGAGGCUGUCGGGGCAACUCAAUCAUGGGCCCUAGCCGCAAAUUGGAUCUCGACAUUUGUGGUUGCUCAAUUCUUCCCAAUGGUGAAUGAGAGAUUGGGUAAGGGCGUGGUGUAUUUCGUGUUCGCGGCCAUUGCAGCAGUUUCCUUUGUUUUUGUGGGAUGGUAUGUACCGGAGACAAAAGGCAAGAAGGAUGUCGACGAGGUGUGGGGAAGACCGCCCAGGAGGCAGGAUUAA